GAAAGGAGAAAUUCUUGGUUCUUGUCUUCCUUUACCUAGAACAAAAAUCCCAAGCUUUCUCUGUUUGUUUGUUUUCCCUCUUCAUUAAUAUAAACAAAUAAUUAAAAUUCCCGGUGAUGAGCACCAAGAACUAGGAAUAAUACAAAAGAAAGAAGAAAGAAAGAAACAAGAGAGCCUGAUUUGGAAGAAAGACAAAAAGCUUUUGUUUAUUUAAAUUUUGUUUUUUUCUUCCCUUUGUUUCGAUGUCCAAUAUCACAGGCGAUGGACAGAACUUCCAUGGCUCCACCAACUCUUUGCUUCCGACUAACAGCAACGCCUCGACUGCUCCCAAGGAGCAACCGCAUACGGUGCCUCCGCCGACGAAGAAGAAACGGAGCCUCCCCGGCACUCCUGAUCCCAAUGCAGAAGUGAUUGCUUUAUCACCAAAGACACUUCUGGCCACGAAUCGAUUCGUAUGUGAAAUCUGCAACAAAGGGUUCCAAAGAGAACAAAACCUUCAGCUCCAUCGUCGGGGCCAUAACCUGCCGUGGAAGCUGAAGCAAAGAACCACCGCCGAGAUCCGCAAAAGGGUUUACGUUUGCCCGGAGCCGUCGUGCGUCCACCACAACCCGGCUCGAGCACUCGGCGAUCUCACGGGGAUCAAGAAGCAUUUCUGUCGAAAACAUGGCGAGAAGAAAUGGAAAUGCGACAAGUGUUCCAAGAAAUACGCCGUGCAAUCUGAUUGGAAAGCUCAUUCCAAGACCUGUGGCACAAAGGAAUACAAAUGUGACUGUGGCACCAUUUUCUCCAGAAGGGACAGCUUUAUAACGCAUAGAGCUUUCUGUGAUUCCCUAACCGAAGAAAACAACAAAGCGAGCCAAGGACUUGCAGUACCAAACGUUGGACCGACAAAUCCACAAGGCCAAGUUGUUGCCGCCGCCGCCGAUCAUCUCAUCCCCGCAAUUCCAAUCAAUAACAAUCCCAACAUAUCAGAUCCGUUCAGCAACGACACUAAAAGCUCUUUGCAGCCGUUAAACAUGACGCGAACCAUGUUUUCAGACGGCCACGGAAGCGUGUUCGGCGGAGCGAAACCCGGCAAUAUUCGGUUCGACGGAAACAGCGGACACCUCUUCUCCGGCCCGGCCUCCAUGUCCGCCACUGCAUUGUUGCAGAAAGCAGCUCAAAUGGGUGCAACGGCAAGUACCAGCAGCCUCAACUCUCCAACGUUGAUUAACCAAAGUUUGGUCACCACAAGUACCAUGGCGCCACCAUCGUUUUUUUCGAUGCAAAGCUCAGCUGUUAACAACGAUAUGGCGAUGUUUUCGGGGAUUUUCGAGCAGAACAAUGCGAGUUGUGCUGGUUUAUCAGGGUUCAGUGCUGAUACGAUGACUGUUGAUUUCUUGGGGAUUGGGGGAUCGAGACCGAGGAAUCUACUUGAGAAGCAUCAGCAUCAGCAGCAGCAGCAGCAGCAAGAAUUGGAUCAGUUGGGAGGAAUUGGGGAAGGUAGGGUUCAAGGGUUUAGCCAUUUUCAGCAACAUGCAGCAAUGUGGAAAGUUUAAAAAUACAAGUAGAAAGCUUAGGUAUCUCCCUUUUGCUUGUAACUUCUUUCAUCACUUUUCUUUUUGAAAUGCAUUCUUGUAGCCAUGGAUUGAUGUUUUAGAUGAAUCUAAAUGUUAUUGCUAAAGGGCAAGAUAUUAAGCA